ACAAGCCGAAGCCGAAACUGAAAACGAAAGUGGAACGCGCAGAUUGUGGAAAACCCCAGCCAGACCACUCAUGCAUUAAAAUAUGUUUAAUAUACAAUAUCAACUAAGGGACUGACCAUGAGUUGAAUAUUUGGACAAUAAACGUUCCGAAUUCCAUUUACAAAAACUUGUGUUGACAUGAAACCCAAAAAUAAACAGGUUUCUUUCUUAUUUAACAAUGAAAGGAUAAGAAGUAAAUACAAAUCUCCGAGUUUGACACGACCAAGCAGACUGAAACACGCAACAAUGAGCCAUGCGACUCUCAGCGAUGUCAGCGAUGGAGAAUUAGAAGAAGGCGAACUAACGGUCGUGGAUGAAAUUGACGAGAAUGGUGAAUAUCGAAAGCACGUUGAGAUCGACAACGACAAUUAUGGAACUCAUGAUUACUGCUCAGACGAUAAAAAUGAUUUUCUUUUAAACUUUGAUCGAAAUGACAACGUUGCUCACGUACCAACAUACAGUGAUAAAGCUUUUCACAGAAAAAGAAGACUGAACGUUGAUCAACACUAUUUGAAAAAGACAAAGAAACCAAAACCCACAAAUACACCAUUACGUCUUAAAAAUGGUAAAACGUUAAAGACCAAGGUACAAUAUGGUGGAAUUCAUCGGCCUUACUCCGAGUACAGAAAACACCGAAAAUCCCCGGCCCAAACGCAUCCUUAUAAGGGAACCAAGAAUGACGCAAACAUGGAUUGGGAAAGGGAAAUAAUGCAUGAAAGUACUGAAAACAAUUCUGAUACUUCCUAUUACGAAGGUAAUAACAUCAAUCAAACGAAUGAAAGAAUGAUAAAACAUUCGAUGGAAACCCAAGCAAACAACGUGGGUAGUUUCCCGACUUAUAACCGUCCAGAAAUGCAUGAAAAUAACACAUCGCCGAACCGAGAAGAGAUACCGCUUUCAAUUGAGAAAAUAGAGCACUCAUCGGAAGAAUUUAAAUGUAUUUUGGGCGAAAAGAUAAUGAAAAUUGUCAUGCAAAGUGACAGGGAAGCAGUCAAAAUUCGGCGAAUUUUUCAGAGAUUUGCAGAGCAAAAUAAGCCAUCAUUAGAGAAUAUCGAAUGCUUGCGGAAGUUCAUUAAAAGUAGAUAUGCUCAAUCAGCAGUCAAAGUACACAGCAAAACUGUUGAAACGCCGCAGUUAGAUUUAAAGAUAUGUCCGAUUUAUACCAAAGAAGUGAGAAACAACCACGAAUGUAGCGAUUUGCAUUUAUGCAAAUUCUAUUUAAUUGACGGUUGUAGUAAUGAGCGCUGCAAAUUUGGCCACAACUUCAAAACCAAACACAACCAAAAGGUUCUGGCACUCCACAGAGUAGAAAAUCUUCAUGGGAAUGAAAUUCGACUGAUAUGUAAAGACGUACGUAGUCGGAACAGUACAACGUUACCAAUAGUUUGUAGGUUUUACAACCGAGGACAAUGCAACAAAAAUACCAGUUGCCCCUUUCUGCAUAUUUGUAACUUUUUCAUAGAAGACGACUGCAAAUUCACACCGAGGUGCAAACGGAGCCACUACUUUUAUGACAAUCAACCGUCUGAGGUUCUCCGACGGCACGGACUAGAAGGGUUUUCCAACGAUCAGUUAAAGAAAUUGAUUCAAAGGACAUUCAGAGAGAAAUAUUUACAUCCUACCACACAAAACCAGGAUAAAAGUACUGCUAGUAUUAGGGAUCCACUUGACCAGGAAUACAUUGAAACAAAGCGAGACAUUCACACCGUCGAUUUCCUACCAUUGGAAGUGAAUGUAUCUGCUUCCGGAACGUUUCCUGCCCUAAUUAAAAAUGAAAUUGCCAUCAACAAUGCCAACGGAAAAGACGAUAGCGACAUAAACGCUUUGAGUAUAACUGUCAGUGGGGUAGACCAUUCCACAAACACAGAUGUUCUUCUUAGAAAGCAUUUUUCCACCGAUGAAGGUGUAUCAGAUAUACACCCUCUAAAACUGAAUGCAAUACACAAGGAAAUCAAAGAUGAAAAGGAGAACAAGCAAAAUUUGCCAUUGAUUCAAAUUAAACAAGAGCCAUAUGAAAAGGAGAAUGAGCAUGCACGCUCAAUGCAGCCCAUCUCACCAAACGGAUGUGACGAGGGUGAGGAAUCAAAAAAUCAAGUUAUUUCAUGCAUGAAUCCAGAAGAAAUAAAAAAGGAAAUAGAUAACGCUUGCCACCACAUUGAUAAUGAACUUUCUGUUCAGGAAGGCAACGCUGCCGCAAGGGAAAUAAUUGCAGAAGCAGGAAAUCCAAACAAUACUGUAAAAUACUGUAAUGACGUAUCUAUUUAUGAAAACAACACAAAUGGACAGAGCGGUUAUUUUAACUUAGAGAUCGCUGAGAAUAAAAACAACAUAGACAGACCGAACAUACCUAGCAUAAGAGUGGAUCUUGGCGGCGGCAAGCAUGAAUUUAAGCUGGAAAACGGCCAAUGGAAAUGCAGAAGUCCUGGUGUCACUUUUAGGACAGUGUCCCAACGAAUAGCGCACCAAUUAGACAUGCAACUCAGUUGCAUGCGGACAAUUAUGUUGGAUAUCGACAAAGAUCAUACAUUGCACCAAUGAAGUUUUGAUACCAAUUAGAACUUUGUUUCGGAAAAAAUCUGAAAAACAUGGCAAAUUUGAACCAUUGCAUAAUCACGGCUAAACAACAUUUAGCCGAAUAAUACAAACAAAUAAAUUAAAGCGAAAAAAUACAUAAUUUAAAAGUUAAAUACCUGGAAGAUUUAAGGAGGAUUAUCCAUAGUCUUGAUUCAGAUUUCUGUCAGUUGAAAGUUUGGUUGUUUUGCUGUUUUGUUAACGAAAUAAAGACGUCAGUGUACUGUUU